CCCGCGAUUUCAGCGUCGCUGACGUUCCGGAGGGUCAUGUGAUCUGCUCCGUUCCCAGGGUUCCGUGAGAGCCUAUUUGCCCCACCCCACCUCUUCAUUGCUGCCUAAAGAUUGCUUUUGCCCUGCUCUCGGACUGAGACCGGAGAGAGAGAGAGCGCGAGAACGCUAGACAGACGGACAGACGGGACAAGAGGGGAAUAAAAAGAAUUAGCGUUAAAAAUAAAGCAUUGUAUGGGUCACCGGGGCAGCGGCAGCAGCUCGCCGAGGGACUCGCGCGCACAACGUGGAGGAAUGUGAGAGAGCGAGUGAGCGCGCGCGCGGGCGGGUUCACAUCUCAACCGGCCUUCUGCACGUGCGCGAGGAGGCGCAGCUCCUCCGGAACGCUGAGAGCCCGAAGCCGAGGCUGGCAGCGCCGAGCUCCGAGAGCCGCUUAAAAACCCACACAUCCCCCUCGUUCGGUCUGUUGGAGCGUGUCGGGGUUGGGACUCCUGGCUUUUGGGGGUUGUUUUUUUCCAACGCGAAAGGACAGAAAGACCCUGAAUUUCAGUAGAAGCUAAACUAACGAAGGCCCCUUGGAUCGGAGCGGGGUGGGGGGAGCAACAGCAGCAGACGCCGCCAUCGCAGAAACGGGCGAAAAAAAAAUGAGCAUAAAUUGAGUUCUUCUCAUUUUCAAAACGAAUCCACGGAUUUAGGAUUGUUCCUAAACACGACGGGACAUGUUUUGUGAUUCUUAUGUCUGUGUAUGUAACGAGAAAAGCACGAAGAAAAAGCAGAGUUGUAGCUAAAAUAAUUUCUUGCUAGCCAGCUAGCUCGGCUACACGACCGCCACUUGCGUGGAUCCGGGCUCCGUGUAGGAAACGAGACGAGGGCCUCGCUGUGCUGAAAUGCUUAAAAGCGAACCGGAGCCGUGUGGAUGUGUGUGUCAGCGCUCCAGGAAACCGCAACGAGUUGUUUCUUUCAGCCGCUGCUUUGGCUAAAACCCGUUUCGUGACAUGAGCUCGUCUUUUCUUCAGCUCUUCGUUGGAAAGUUGAGGGUGGAGGCCUCAAGUGAGCACUGGAUGGAUCUUACGCGUCUUUGAGCGGGUCUAGGACGUGAGCGUUAGCGUCUAUCCGGGGGAAUUAAACCUCUGUGGCCUAUUUCUGUUUAUUAUAAAAGAACUAUAGAACGAACAAUAGAAAGAACAAAUCAGACUGGUUUUCCUCUUUCACUCAGAGCUCUGAAAACAGGCAGAAUGAACUCGUUAGUCAUACAUCAAUGUCAUGGCUGAAAUGGUCACUGAGGCAGGCUGUAGGUUCCAUCGCGACCACUUGGACCAUGUCUAGUCCACAUGUCCUCAGCAGUGCGAGUCAUUUCGUGGAUCGAGCACAACUAGAAUAAGCUUGUUCGUUUGUUUUUGGUUUUUUUCUUUCUUUAUUAUCUCUUUUUCUACGCCGUCACAUUUCCCCUGGACCUCCUUUUCCGCGGGAAAGAUGGGCUGCUUGGGCAACAGCAAGACCGAGGAUCAGAGGAACGAAGAGAAGGCGCAACGGGAAGCGAACAAGAAAAUCGAGAAACAGCUUCAGAAAGACAAGCAGAUUUACCGGGCCACGCACAGACUGCUACUACUGGGUGCAGGAGAGUCUGGGAAGAGCACUAUUGUCAAGCAGAUGCGGAUUCUGCAUGUUAAUGGCUUCAAUGCUGAAGAGAAGAAACUGAAGAUUCAAGACAUUAAGAACAACAUUAAAGAGGCCAUAGAGACUAUAGUUGCUGCUAUGACUACUCUAGCGCCACCCGUCCAGGUUGCCUGUCCUGAAAACCAGCGAAGAAUUGAAUACAUAACCAACUUAUCUAAUCAGAAGAACUUUGAGUUCACACGUGAAUUUUAUGAGAAUGCAAAAAAGCUAUGGCAGGAUGAUGGAGUGAAGGCCUGUUAUGAGCGUUCCAAUGAGUAUCAACUGAUCGACUGUGCACAGUACUUUUUAGACAAAAUAGACAUUGUGAAACUAAGUGACUACACACCAUCUGACCAGGACCUGCUCAGAUGCAGAGUUCUGACGUCUGGGAUUUUUGAGACAAGAUUCCAGGUGGACAAAGUAAACUUCCACAUGUUUGAUGUGGGUGGGCAGAGAGAUGAGCGUCGGAAGUGGAUUCAGUGUUUUAAUGAUGUAACUGCCAUCAUCUUUGUAGUGGCCAGCAGUAGCUAUAAUAUGGUCAUCCGAGAAGACAAUCAAACCAACCGCCUCCAAGAAGCACUUAAUCUCUUCAAAAACAUCUGGAACAACAGAUGGUUGCGGACGAUCUCUGUAAUUCUCUUCCUGAAUAAGCAGGACCUCUUAGCUGAAAAGGUCUUGGCUGGAAAGUCAAAAAUUGAAGAAUAUUUUCCUGAGUUUGCGCGCUACACCACACCAGACGACGCAAGCCCCGAGCCAGGAGAGGAUCCGCGAGUCACGAGGGCGAAAUAUUUUAUCCGGGACGAGUUCCUGAGGAUCAGCACAGCAAGCGGCGACGGCCGUCACUACUGUUACCCACACUUUACAUGCGCAGUGGACACGGAGAACAUUCGUCGUGUCUUCAACGACUGCCGAGACAUCAUCCAGAGAAUGCACCUCCGCCAGUAUGAGCUCUUGUGAUCAGAUGAGCUCCAAAGGCAGACUUUUAAAAUAAGCCAGACUUUUGAAAAUCUUGUGUUUUGGUGGAGUUUGAGAGUGAUGGAUCGUCUAACAGCUGUGGGCUUUGGGCCCCUUGACACCACACACACACACACACACACACACACACACUCACUCACUCACUAAAUCAUGCUGUUGAGGACCAAAUAUCAUGCAGUAUCCAUUUGAAGCAGCAGCUCCGUUUCAAGGCAGUUAACUGCAUAAACACAUACUGACUAAGACAUAAUCAAAAGUUUAUUUAAAAGUCAAAGUCAUAUGAUCAUUUACAUAAGUAGUUGGCGUACAGACGUAUCUAAAAUUGCUCUACCUGACAAAAUUGUACUCCUACAAACACAGCUUACAGUCUCUAGUUUUGCUUCUUGUCAGCUCACCCACUCAUCAGUGUGUGUGUGUGUGUGUGUGCCAAAACAUACACACACACACCCCCACACACACCGCUGACCCCUGCAGUACCCGAGAGUCUUGAGCUAAUUUGUGAUGGCCCCACUUCUGGACCUGAAUCACAGGACUUUGCUUGAGUGUGUUUUGAGUUUUCAGUUGGCUGGAUCAGCUUUACAUGCCAUCCAUUGUCCUCUCUAAUGGAGAGAAGGAUGAUUUCUUACCAAAUGCUAGAAGAGCAGGACAGGCUGCAGUAACAAGAUGGACACUUGAGACACUAUUCGUGUGACUUGCUAGCUGCUUAUGGAACGAUAAACUUGAAAGAUCGCAACUCUCCACUCCGCUUCCCCAAUCCCUUCUUUCAUCUACUAAUUUAAUGCAAAUAAUUUGAUUGAGAGCACUCUUGCUUUUUUUUUGGGGGGGGGGGGACACAGACACACAGAGACAUGCACACCAGGUAAAGAUGACUUUUUGCCAAUGGAAUACUGUUUCCUUCUACCGUAUUUCCUAUUGGUCACUCUUGCCAUUUUCCCCAGUUCUUCUUUUCCUGUUCUCCUGUUCUCUCUUCCCCUCCCACCCUCUAUUUUAUUGCUGGACUAUUAUUCUUGUACAGACUGCAAAAUGUAUUAUUUUGUACUUUAUUGAAAGAAAAGACUUGUAGAAGUUCCUGUGCCUUGAUCACAACACUGCGUGUAAAAAGAAAAAGAAAAAAAAGAGCUAAAGGCGUAAGGUAUGUUUGCGCUGUAUUGCUUAGCGUCUUAGCCAUCUAUCCAACCAAUCAUUUGAGCCUAUUUGUUGCUCUUGCUCUACUCUCUCUCUCUUUCUCUCUUUUUCUCUGUCUCAUGACUCUGCUUCUCCCUUAUUGUGUUAUUCCAGAUUGCUUUACAUUCACAUACCCCCUUCUGCUUCCUGAAGAGAGAAAUAAUAAUUAGAACACGUAUGGAUGUAAAAACGAACAGCUUCUUGGUUUUAAUUGAAACAAGCAAAUGACUGCAUCAACUGUGUGCACCACUUCAUGUUUUGUGCAUUACUUCAAUUGCAGUCCUGUUUCCAGGGGACUGGAAGAUGACCUUAAUGUUUUAUUUCAGUUUUAGCUUUAAAGUUAAGGGGGGGGGGGCUAUCCAAUGCAAAACCUGGUUUGUUUCUACAUUAUUCCAUUUUUCCUAACUAAAGAAGCUAAAAUAGUUCUGUUUUGAGUCAUUCUUGGCUGUGUUUUAAGGUAAUCAUUGUGUAAAGAGAAUAUUAAAUAUGAUUAUUAUAA